AUGUUCAGUUGUAUCAAUUAUAAAUUAUAUUCUUUUGAUAUAAGUUUUUAUUUUGAUUCAAAUGAGUACAAAUCAGAGGCUUCGGUGGCGGCUGAAUUUUGUAGCAAGCGAGCACGAACGAUUCCUACUUUAACAGAAAAUACAUGUGAUGAACAACGGAAAGAAAAAAGAGUAAAAACUAGAAAACAACCUGGGUGUUCACAUGAGCGGCAUUAUGAUGAGAAUCUUUCCUCAGAAACUUAUGGCUUGUCCUUCGCAUUCCCAAUCCCCUCACAAUAUGCAGAGUGCUGUUUUGACCGAGAAGCCGAACUUCUUUUGGAGUUUCCUGAUGGCACAACUCCUGUUACUUGCCGUGUCUCAAUAUAUGAUUCUUCAGCCGACAGUAAGGUCAGGCUAGGAUCUCCUAUGGACAAGGCCCGUGCUCCUCUGUUGCCUGCUAGCAUUCUCUACAUGGAAGAAGUGCAAGUGAAGAUAGAGGAGAAUUCUUAUCUCUGGUUCCAUUCACUAUCCAAGAAGUACCCUGGAGCCCAGAUGACACUCCUUGGGAUGGAGCAAUUUUUGAAAGAGAUAUUGAAUAAGGUCUGUGUAUUAAGAGGAACCAACCAAGGAACUUAUCAGCUGAAGCCAGAGUAUAAAAAAUCCACUGAAGAUACAGGUGCUACAUAA